CAGUAGCGAAAAUAGUGAUAAAAGAGACUGUCAAAGUAAGUGAAAAUGCUUUCUCAAAUAAUUGCAUUUUCUCUGUUUAUUUCAGUAUUUGCCAAUGAAAUUCAGCUGCCUGAGAAAUUCGUCCAAAGCGACUCCCACACAAACAACUGGGCGGUUCUGGUGGACACCUCAAGAUUUUGGUUUAAUUACCGUCAUGUGGCCAAUGUGCUGUCGAUCUACAGAUCUGUGAAGCGUCUGGGCAUCCCGGACAGCCAGAUAAUUCUCAUGAUAGCCGAUGAUAUGGCCUGCAACCCACGGAAUCCCCGACCGGCAACUGUCUUCAAUAACGCCAAUCAGCACAUCAACGUUUACGGAGACGAUGUGGAGGUGGAUUACCGGGGAUACGAGGUGACUGUGGAGAACUUCGUGCGACUGUUGACAGGGAGGAACAAGAAUGGCACCACCAGAUCGAAGAAACUCUUGACGGAUCCAGGAAGCAACGUGCUAAUUUAUCUCACUGGUCACGGUGGCGAUGGAUUCCUCAAGUUUCAGGACUCUGAGGAGAUUACAAGUCAGGAACUGGCGGAUGCCAUUGAGCAGAUGUGGCAGAAGCAGCGCUACAAUGAGCUCUUCUUCAUGAUCGACACAUGCCAGGCAGCUUCCAUGUAUGAAAAGUUCCACUCGCCCAACAUUCUGGCGGUGGCGAGCAGUUUGGUGGGCGAGGAUUCGCUCUCUCAUCACGUUGACCCGGCCAUUGGGGUGUACAUCAUCGACAGAUACACCUAUUACGCCCUGGAGUUCCUCGAGAAAGUCACUCCGGACAGUCGAAAGUCCAUGGGAGAGUUCCUCAAGGUGUGUCCAAAACGUGUCUGCAUCUCCACGGUGGGCAUCCGGCAGGAUCUGUAUCCGAAGGACCCCUUCCAAGUACCCAUAACAAACUUCUUUGGUUCCAUUCGACACACCGAGAUCAUCCGCACGAGAUUGAAUUUAACGCUUCCCGAACAACCGGAGGACAAUAGCGAGGAGAAUACUUCGACUCCUGAUUACUCAGAGUACCAACUCAACUUGAUAGAACAAUUUCCCACGAAAUUAUUUCAAUAAAGUGCCGAAGAAGUCUAGAUUUCUCCAAAACCAAAAAAGAUUCUAUAACUCCAGAGAAGUAGAAAAAGAAGAACCAUCUCGGCGAAUUUUGUAGUUCUGU